UUUUCUUCCGGGUGUGAUCAGUGCGGUUCGGUCUUAUCUUAGUGGAACGUCCCGUUUCUCGCACGCUGUUGGAUUUUAAGAAUCUUCGAGUCGGUUUGACAGGAUGUCGGCUAACAGUCAAACCGCGAUCCAAAAUAGGAUCCGGACCGGAUCGUUCAGGCGGUGUGGAAUGCAGGCAACCAACGACGUUGCCGUUGUCGGCGCCAAGGUAGCGGGCUGCGGGAUUUAUCGCGCCAAAGAAACAUCGCCUUUAGUCGGAAGCUCACGGCUCCUGAAUAGCAAAGAUUCGUCGAGAACCCUUCUUCCGGAUCACUCCACUCGGAUAGCCACUGAUUGUUCGUCGCCAAUCGUCACUCUGUCCUACAGCCGAGAUGGCGAGUGUAACGAGAGGCUGAAUCCAGAGCGGAGAAACCGACCGGACGUCAAUGAGCGCCGCCCGUCCGUCAUGAAAGCCGCAUUACAACAACGACGCUCAGGUCCUACUAACCCCAUUGCGGUGGGCCUUGCCACAAAAACAAGCGGAUCAACAUCUUCGAAAAUCCCUCGACUCAAUAUUGUCACUCAACUUCGAGUCACCGGUAACGUCGGACAAUCGCCGGACUCUUCCGUCAUGAUGGAUCCAAACGAUUCGUCAUUGGAUUUGAGUCAAAUCGGCCGUAACAGGAGCACUUCGAGUAGUCAGAGUAGCAACAGUAGUUUAAUAGUAAUCAGCAAACCGAGUCGUCUUCUUCCGCCCGGAAGUAUUGUCUCGGCUAAAUUGGCAGCUCACCAAGUAGGUUGUCGUGUUGGACAACAAACCCCAAGUGCUCGUGCUAUCACGACUUCCACUCCCGUUUCCGUCCAGAAACCGGCAGCCAUCAAAUCCAAAUUGCCGGUGGCUACGUCGAGCGUCAGUAGACGAACAGAUUGCAGUAGUACACGCUCGCUUCCGGAGGGGACAGUUCGAACAAAAGUGAUCAGUGCAACAACAGAGAAGACAACGACGACGAGUGCCAGUGUUGUAAGUACAAAAACGUUCAAUCGUGCCAUGGUCGUGGCGUCUCAGCCGAAUAACGGACGGAUGAAAAAUGUUUUGCGUCCCGUUGCGGCCACGAAAUCGAUGGUGGUGCGGAUAGCUCAUAAAACACCGUGCACAACAACGACAACCGAUCGUGGAACCGUGUCGAGGAAGAAAGGCAACAACACAGCCGCAGGGCACAAGAAAGAGGAUGAGGGUGGAAUGGAAUGUCGGCCGGUAUCCGCUGGAGGCGGGGGUGAAAUAUGUACUAGGGGGUCCCAAGGUCGACAAGAGGGUUCUUUGUCUGCUGACCCCAGAAUAACCCCAACAACACAACUACCUGACGAGGUAGACCACCUCCACCUGGCAAAUGUAACCGACUCGUUGCUCAGUCAGACUGGCAAGAGUGUGGUGACUAGUAGUGCAAGUACAACCGGAUCGACUGGAUUAAAUUUCUCCUUGGAUCAAGAGUUCGUUCAUGGAACAGUUCAACAGCCUGUGAUCCAGUGUCAUAGUGAACCGAUGGAGCGUCCCGCUUCCUUGCACGAAUCGUCGCACGAGUGGACUACGGUCAGCAUUCCGGCGGCCGAGAGUAAUGAAAUGUUGGCACGAUUAGAGUGCGAACGACGCAGCAUUCGUGGAUCUACUCGUUACCUAAACACACCUACCGUUGUGGCAGAUGUUGAAUUGAUGGAGCUCCUGGAACGCGACAUUCUCAUAAACGAGCCAACGCACGACGAAUCCGUUGAAAAUAAUCCGCAACGUUCUCUUUCCCUACCUAAAUCUUUCCUGGCUACCAAGUACGGACUGAUCGGAUUAAAAGCGGCUUUACCCAGCGUCCGGUUUCCUUGGAGGAGAACCGAGGGGAACCGUGUCACGAUUUCGCAAACGACCGCUUCUUCUUCCCACCAAAAUUCCGAGUCUUCUACAAAUGCGGUCAAUACAAGUUUACCACCGUCCGGGCCCAACACUGCAUCAAGCGUUACGCUGACCGCUGCAGCUAGACGGCCUGCCGGAAGCGUUUCAAUUACGCGGACAGCACGUCGUUUCAAAUCGACUUCGUCACCUGUUUUUAUCGAAGAUGAUGAUCAUGUUAAUCGAAGUCAUUCCGCCUGGGAUCUUGCGAGCCGACCUUGGUCGCAUCAUGGCGAUGUGUCAGUCAACGCAUCGGAAUUUAUGGAAAAAAAUAGUAUAGCAAAACCCAACGAAGUACAGACGGAUAUAAGAGAAACGACAACAUCGCCGACAUCCAACAGUUCAACGAUGAGGAAAUUUAGGAAAAGUUUUUCGCUUCGUUUGUCUCGACGGCCAUCGCAAGACGAUACCAACCUCGAGGAGGAUCAAGAUGGCGAUUGUAGCGAACAGACAAGUCCCAUGUUUCGUUUCGGCCCGCUGGUCUGGCGUGCCAGUCGCGAACGUAACAGCAAAAAGGGCGCAGCAAGCAAGGCUGCCCGCAACGCCAAAUGCAAUAGUGGCGAUAGUGGCGUCCAGAUGGAGACGACGUCACAGCAUAUGGAUGAUAGCGAAUCGAAUGUGCGACGCACUCAAUCGGAUUUGGGCGGCGAGGCGGUGAUAGAGGCGGCGCUGCGAUCAUCGACGCAAACGUGGAAUCAGGCAUCCGCCAUUUCUGAAACGGCCAAAAAUCGUUCCCGUAAAUUGACUCGCCAUCUUGCUAAAGCUCACCUGAGACGGUCGGUUAGUCAACCGAUGGUCGUUCCUCCUGGUGGCAGAGUCCGAUUAGAUGGUACUAGCGACGAAGAUGCCGGCCUCUGUUUAUCUGAAGAUGAUAAUCUAUCGGAUUGCGGCAACAGCCCUCAGGCGGAAAACGAAGCGGUCCGUUACACUGCGGCAGCGCAAGGUGUGCUGGCCAUCGCGCUCUGGGAUCACGAUGCUGUAGAAUCGGAAGAGUUGAGCUUGCAAACCGGCGAUGUUGUUCACAUCCUUGAUUUGUCCGACCCUAACUGGUGGUGGGCAGCUCGAGAUAAACAAUAUGGUUGGCUUCCGGCCUCUUACGUCCAACUGUGCGAGCAGCCCUUCCAUCGUGAACAAGGGCUAGCGCAGGGACAGAAAUUUGCGCGGACAUUGACUCCGGCCGGAUUAGCCACUUUACAGCAUUCCGUGCGCGCUAAUGUCAUCAAUGAAUUAGUCACGGCCGAGCGUGACUAUGUCAAAUUGCUCAGUGAUUUGGUCGAUGGUUACUUGAAGCCAAUGAAAUGCCGUCCAGAUUUGUUCACUCUGCAAAGGAUCCAGUCAAUUUUCGGCAAUUUAGAGGAGCUCUAUGAAUUUCAAAAGAAUUUUCUUGUUGAUUUGGAACAUACGCUCAACUGGAACGCUUUGGAAGACAGCGUUGUCGGCGGAUGCUUUUUGCAACACAUCCCCAGGUUUGAAAUUUACGCCACUUACUGCAAUAACCAAGACCGCGCUGCUGCCGAGAUGCAACUGUUGUGUGACGAUAUGCGUUAUCUACGCUUUUUCGAAGCGUGUCGUCUUUUGCGCCGCAUGAUUCGUCUCCCGCUCGAAGCUUUCCUCCUGUCGCCCGUUCAAAAGAUCUGCAAGUACCCUCUGCAGCUGGCCGAACUGCUCAAACACACGCCGGACGAGCAUCCUGACCGACGUUUGGUGUCAUUAGCGCUGGAUUCCAUGCGCUCCGUGGCCUACUUGGUCAACGAGAGUAAACGACGGGCCGAAAUGCAACAGUUUCUUGUUCAGUGGCAGACGGGUGUCGAUCAUUGGAUGGGAAGUGAUAUUACGACAUUCAACAGUCGUCUGGUGCAUCAAGGCGAACUCUUCAAAAUAUCCUCAAAUGGAUGGACGAGAGAAGUGACUUUAUUCCUCUUUGACAAGGAGCUCGUCAUUUGUAAGAAAGAGCUCAUCAAGCGCAGCUCGCUCGUCUACAAGGAUCGCCUGACUGUUGAAGAUAUCGAAGUAUUAGAACCGUUGGCGGCCGUAGACGUCCGCCCACAUUCGUUCCAACUAAAGUCGUUUCGCCGAGCAAAGUCUUACUUAUUGGCAUGCCGUUCGGCCCAGGACAAGAAUCAAUGGGUAUCGGCCAUCCAACAUCUCCAGCACCACAACGCCUCAGAUUGGCCAAUUUUCCCAGCUCCGACCAUGAAUUUUGGUCGUCAGAAGAUGUCCAAUAAAAGAAGUAAAGUCAAACACAACCCGGCUCUGAUUUUAACACUGGAGGAGGCUCACCUGACCCUGGAAGGUCGCGACCUAUCUGCUAAAAGGAAAUUCUAAUAUUAUUUGAUUUUGCCCGUUUUUUAAUUCAUAUACAAAUAUACACAUUGUUUAUAAUCACACAAUUAUGUAAAUGAUCCAUCCAAAAAUUGUUAUUUUUAUCGGAUAAACCUUUAUUGAUUUUUUUAUUACCUUCAAUCGUUUUCGAGAUCGGCAAGUUGCAACUAGUCAACAUUCGUUUGGAUACUUAAAAAUAAAUAAUUUUUCCC